GUAUAUUAAAAUAUUAUAAAAGAUACCGAGAUUUAUAUACCACACUACCGUGGUACGUCCGCGUUUUCUUAUCGAAUUUCUCUGAUAAUGCGUGUGCCAUACUGCCGUACUCGGCGUUCUCCCGUCAGCCGUAAUUCUUAAGCGUUAUGUCUUAUUGAAAAGUGUGCGACUCCGGGGACUCGUGACUACUCCAUUGAUUGGUUGUGAAAGACGAAUGAUAAUUAUGUUUAGCGUUUGGAGUUAAUUGUUAUUUGUUAAYCAUUUGUUGUUGAGUGUCAACUACAACUAAUCACUUUAUAAUUUACUGCAUUUUCAGUAUGCCUAUAACUUAGACUUAUUACUAGGUACUAACGCAGUAAUGCUGUCGAUUGUUUUCUUCCGCUCGUAGUUGUGAAAUAAUUACAUAAAAAUAUGUCACUUGAAACUAGUCACACCGAUUWUAAUCUUCAGAUACUUCAAAUCCCUUCAAUUUGAAAUUACACCUUAACAAAGUUAUUUUGAUUCAAUCGUGUCUGUGGUGGUUAUGUGGUCGGAUCCAUCGUCAACAAACAUGGCUUAUGGGAACCAUUGGAUGAAUAUGAAUCCAGCUAUGUAUAAAAACAUGACAAAUGAUCAAGUGGACUGGGCGAGUUUGGCUCAACAAUGGAUCAAAAUGAAAGAAACUCCACCACCGAUGUCCCCCGGACAACAAUUUAGGAUUCCGACUUCUGAUCAUACUUUGCCAGGUCAGCAUGUAGAGCCUCAGAAUCCUUCAAACAUAGCUGCAGCAACAAAUACAACAUUUAGUGAUCAUAAUAUCACCAGCCCUGUUACACGAAGUAAUAUUGAAAAACCUAGUUCUUGGAAUACAUGGACUUGGCAACAACAACAACAGUGGAAUUGGAAUUGGGCAUCUUCGGCAACUCUACCAACUAAAGCACCUAUUAUGGAGUCUGUUAAUCCACUUAGACCCCCUUUUAUUACACCUCCAUUGUUAUCUGAACCACCUCCAUCUUUCCCUAUGAUGACACCAAACAAACCAUUUAUACCCAAUAAUUAUUGGGCAGGGCCCAAUACUACUGUCCCGCCGCCUACUGAACCAGAUCAGUGGAGUAAACUUAACAUGAUUCCCAAUAUGGAUGAUAGAACUCAAGAUCCAUCAUUUAUGGAUGCAGCAAAACGAAAGCAAUUACCUGCUUGGAUUCGUGAAGGACUUGAAAAAAUGGAAAGAGAAAAACGAAGAAAAAUUGAGCAAGAACAGUCUUUUAGUGAACCUGAUUAUUCUAAUUUUACAAAAGAAAACGAGUCUCAGGAAAUGCUCAAUUCGCCUAUUAACUUUGAUCAUGAAACGCAAAUGGUUGAUGAUGAUGAUGAUAUUGAACCUGUAUCUUCUGAUUACAUAAAUGAUACUGAUACUGAACUCAAAAAAACUGAGUUUGUCAAGAAUGAUUCUUCUCCUCUCAUCCCACGUAAGACUAAAGCUCAAAUCUGGGAAGAUACGAUGUUAAGUCUACGGAAAAUUCUAACAAAAUUGUUAAUGGAUGUUACUAAUGAUAUGAUGUUAAAUAUAGUUAAAGACGUGCUGAAAACUUCUUUACAAACAGAUAUUCAAGGAAAUCAAAACCAAACAUCAUUAGCUGGUAAGCUGGGGCUCGGAGUUUAUGGUUCAGAAUCUGAGUCAUCUGAUGAAAGUGAUGAAGAACAGAAAAUAUCUAGUCAUAAACAAUUAAAACAAGAUUCUGAUGAAGAUAUUCGAGAAAGAAUUUUAAAACGCCAGCGUGAGUUCAGUUAUAUUGAAGCAAAAAUACUUAUAGAAUUAGAUCAACUAGAAGACCGAGAAAAACUUGUGAGAUCUAAAUUUGAUAAUAGUAUCAAACUCAGUGAAGAUGCUAAUGAUAAUAGUAGUCAGGUGGUGGAAAACAUUCAGACAAAAGGUAAAAUCAUGUUUUAUUAA